ACUUAUGAGUCAGUGUACAAUAGAAGAGUUAAUAUGGUUUAAGGAGUCUCCAAACUAACAAUGACCAUAUCUUCUGAAGCUUCAUUAAUGGCGGACAAAGGUAUAACUGAUGAGGAUGAUUACAUGGCCGAUCUCUCCAUCUUUCUUCCUCCUGAAACUUCUCAAAAUCCUGCCAAAGUUCCACUCAGAAAGAAGAACUUAACCUCUAAACGCAUAACUCAUGAGCCUUCGAAUAAAAAAUCUAAAACCCUAAAUUGGCAAGAACGAAGGAAAUUAGAUAGAGAAAGAAAGCAACGAGAGGAAGAUGAGAAAACCCUAACCAACAUGGAAUCUGCAAUUCCCCAAUCAAAUAUUGGUUUCAAAAUGUUGAAGCAAAUGGGUUACAGUCCAGGUUCAUCAUUAGGAAAGAGCGGGUCAGGUCUGGCUGAACCAGUUGGAGUUGAGAUAAGGCGUUCUAGAGCUGGGAUUGGUAGAGAAGAUCCAGUCAAGGAGAAAGUUAAGAGAGAGGAAUUUAGAGCUGGAAAGAAGAAAGAAGAAGUUGAGGGUUUGAUUGUUGAAUUUGGUUCUAGGCAGAAAUUGCAGUGGAAAAGCAGAAGACUUGUUUAUAAUUACCAUAAGGCUACAGCUGUUCUCGAUCAACUGGAGAAUAAAGAGAUCAUUGAACCAAUUAAGAAGGAAGGAGAAGAUGAACAAGAGGAAGAAGAAGAAGAAGAAGAAGAAAUAAUCACAGAAGAGGAUUUACUUGAGAUAUUAGUUAAGCUGCGGGACAAGCAUAGCUACUGCCUCUUCUGCGGAUGCCAGUAUGAAUCACUCGAGGCACUGUCAUUGAGCUGCCCUGGAAUCGAUGAAGACGAUCAUUGAAUCAAAAUAUCAGAUAGUUCAGCAUCUCCAGAAUUCCAGCCACUCGACUGUAAAUUAUGUACUGAGGAUUUGCUCCUUUAGAACCAAGUACAGAACCAGGAGAUGUUGUGUUUGUUACAAGCCACCACAGGCCUGCAACAGAUGUCAUGGUGUACUGAACCAGAGCCAGCUUGGAUUUGAGUACUUCUGCAUGUCCUAAGAACCAGAAUGUAGUUAUGGCAGUUAUCAAGCUUCAUUUCAUUGGUGAUGCUGGUCUCCCUUUUAGGAUGUGAUGCUGCUCUGUAUUAAGUUCUCACUAGAAUCAUGGAUAGAAAAUUCCAUGAAAAUUUUGUCAAAUUCUGACAGUUAUACCUGAUGCCUGUCCAUAAAACUAAUCAUUGCUCCUAUUGGCAAUUUGUAUCAUUUUAUUGAUCAGAUAUACUGUGGUAGCUACAUCAUUCUUGAGCUGCUUUAUUUUCCCA